AUGGAAGACCCCUGUUUCAAUUUCCAGCAUCCAGUCAACCCAUUUGAUCAUCAACUAGAUUCAAUGGCGAUUGCAGCAGCUACAUUUGGAGAUACCAGAGAUCAGGUUCAUGCUCAUACAGGUGUGUUUGACUAUUACAAACCUGCUAUGGAACCAUCUCCAAGACCAACUAAACAGCUCAAAACAAACAGCUGGAAUUCAUCUAUAAGCACUGAGCAUUCAUCGAUGAAUCUAAAUCAAGGUACAGUUGUGAAGCCUAAAGAGGAAAUGGCUGUUUCUUCUAAGAUAAGCCAUGGCUUCCUCCCUUGUGAUGAUAAAUUGUCACCAUCCCAUCUCCAGUUUCAACAAAAGAACUCUGGUUUCAACCAAGGUCAUGAUGGGGGUGUUAAUGGUGCUAAAAGUGGCCCUAGACUUUCUCCAGCUCAAGAUCACAUCUUAGCUGAGAGAAAAAGGAGAGAAAAACUCAGCCAGAGGUUCAUAGCUCUUUCUGCUCUAGUCCCUGGCCUUAAAAAGAUGGAUAAAGCUUCUGUUCUUGGAGAUGCAAUCAAUCACCUGAAAACCCUCCAAGAGAAAGUGAAGACACUUGAGGAGCAGAUCAAGAAGAGACCCAACACAGAAUCAGUAGUUUUUGUUAAAAGAUACGAGUUGUUAGUUGAUGGCGCUGAAAGUUCGUCAUCUGAUGAGAACUUUUCCGGUGGCCCAAUUCACGAGCAGCUGCCUGAAAUCGAGGCAAGAUUUUUUGGUAAUGAUGUGCUGAUAAGAAUUCAUUGUGAGAAAAAGGGAGGUAUUCUAGAAAAGAUACUAACUGAAAUCGAGAAGCUUCAUCUCUCGGUCAUUAACAGCACUGCCAUGACCUUCGCUAAUCAUGCUCUUGAUAUAACCGUUAUUGCUCAGAUGGAUAAAGAAUUUGCAAUGACAAUGAAGGACCUCAUGAAGAACCUACGUUUCGCUCUCAAGAAGUUUAUGUGAAGAUCUUUCCGUUACUUUUACGCUAUUUCCCUUCAUUUUGUGGGCUCGAUAUUUCACUUCUAUCGGCGAUCACAAGACGAAAAUGUCUUGUUUUUUCCAGUUUUUUUCUUUCAAAAAUCUGGUAACCAAGGGCCUGGGAUUGUCCAUCACUUUGAACCAUGUUCAUGCCUUAGAAAUCUUGUUUUGCCAUGGGGUUCAUUUUGCAGGAGGUUUUUUUGAAACUUUUUCAUGGUUGACUUGUUGACCAUGAUGACAAUGCUCUUGUUGGAAACUGGCAACCUCAUGGCAAUAGAUUGAUGGGCAUUUUUUACUGCAACUUUUUACCCUUUUACUUGAAUAUUAAGAGGGGUUUCACAUGGUUGUGAGGAUGGAUGAGGAAACAGGUCUAUGAAUGAGUCAGGUGUUUGGUGAUGAGUGUUUUAGAGGUCUCUUUCAUGUCUCUCUUCUUCUGUAAUAUGUUUGUAAAAUCUUGAUUUAUGGUAUAAUGCAACUACUUCUUGUAA